AUGGCCAUCACCGAUACUCUCGGCUUGUCUUUGCCCAUCGUUGUCGGGUCGCUUGUUGGUCUUUACGCCGUGUAUUGGACUGUCACCACUUACAUCCAAUAUCGCAAGCUCCAACAUAUCAAGGGUCCAUGGCUGGCCGCGAUCUCGCCGCUAUGGAUGUUCUACUACACCUGUCGAGGCACCUUGUACCUGGCAGUUGAAGAUGCACUUAAGAAAUAUGGUUCACCUGUACGCAUCGGCCCUGACUACAUUGCGAGUGAUGACCCGGUGAUUCAAAGAACAAUGAAUGCACCCCGGUCAACCUUUACUCGAGGUCGCUGGUUCAGGGGCAUGAAAUUCGAUCCUCGUCAGGACAACAUUCUUUCCAUGGCCGAUGAGAAGGCCCACGCCGAAUUGAGGGCGAAGGUGAUGCCCGGUUACUCCGGAAAGGAGGUUCCCAACCUCGAAAAAGAUGUGGACGCAAGAGUGGUGGAACUGCUUGACCUGAUCCGGCGAGACUAUGUCCAAAACAACCAAGCCCUGGACUUCGCGAAGCUCGCAGGGUAUUUCACUCUCGACAUCCUAACUCAAAUCGCCUUUGGUCAGGCGCUGGGCUUCCUGGUGAAGAACGAAGACCUCUAUGAUUACCACAAGUCAAGCAGCGCCUUCUAUCCCAUCAUGGAAUUGGGAUCAAAUCAUCCAACAGUACUGGCCAUCCUGAACAGUCGGGUCAUGGAAGGUGCCGCUCCCAAACCGACCGAUAAAAUUGGAUUUGGAGCUAUUGUCGGUGUUGCGCAAAAGGCGGUUGCCGAGCGGUUUGGACCUCAGCCAAAGAAGGUGCAAGACAUGCUGGGCUCUUUUGUCAACCACGGUCUUACCCAGCAAGAGUGCGAAGUUGAGUCUCUGCUUCAGAUUCUGGCUGGGGCCGAUUCGACGGCGACGGCGCUUCGCACAACAUUCUUACACAUCCUGACGAGCCCUCCGACGUAUAGUAAGCUGCGAGACGAGAUCGAGGCUGCCAUUGAAGCUGGCAAUGUUGACUACCCUGUGAUCAAAAACAGCCAGGCUCAGGCAUUACCAUACCUCCAAGCUUGUAUCAAAGAAGGCCUCCGGAUGUUCAUGCCACUACAUGGGCUGGCAGGGCGAGUCUCGCCGUAUCCGAAUGGCGCAACCAUAAAUGGCGUCUUCAUCCCACCCGGAACAGAGGUGGGAGUUGCCUCUUACGCCAUGGGUCACCGCAAAGAUUUUUAUGGCCCCGAUGCUGACACGUUCCAUCCCGAGCGGUGGACCGAAAACGACGAGGAGACCAUCAAGAGCUUCGAAAAAUACAACGAACUGGUCUUUGGAACCGGCAGAUCGAGCUGUCUGGGGAAAGGGAUCGCGCUGAUGGAGCUGGGUAAAGCUAUCUUCGAGCUCCUGCGUCACUACGAUUUCACUGUGGUCAACCCGUUCAAGGCUAUGAAGGUGCGGUCGAAUUCGGUGGUCGUCCAAGAGGAUUUCCUGGUCAGAGCGUGGCCGAGAAAGCAACGCUGA